ACCUCUCCUCAUCUUUUGCUCUCUCUUCUUCAUCUGCAUUUUGCACCAUCACAAUCAUGGCUCCUACGCUCACUGGAUUCCCAGGUAACUCCCGCGUCCGUCGUGUGCUCGCUGCUGCGGCCAUGGCAGAUGUAGAACUUGAACAUGACAAAUCUUUCACUUUCAAGUCAGACUGGCGCACUGAAGCUUUCCUUCGUGAUCACCCCAUGGGUUAUCUGCCAGUGCUUGAAGAUGGCGAAUUGAAGCUUUCAGAAUCUGCCGCCAUCGCAGAGUACGUCGCCAGUUUAGGUGCCAACCAGACUAUCCUUCCCGCCGACCCUAAACAGAGAGCUUUGGUCAAACAGUGGAUGUGCACAGCCGACCAGGAGAUUAUGAUUCCUACCGCCCUUACUGGUUAUAUUUUCAACAACACAGUCCCCUACUCGAAAGCAACAUUCAACGGUUUGAUGGAACGUUUGUGGAAACGUCUCAAUUCUAUCGAGGCUUACAUGCUACAUCGUACUUUCCUCGUGGGCGAACGUUUGACAUUGGCCGACAUCACCAUCGUCACUUCUCUGACCAACCUUUUCACCAGCUCCAUCUUUGAUGCUUCCUCUCGUGCCAAGGUCCCCAACCUUGUUCGAUUGGUAGAAACCGUCAUUAGACACCCCAAACUCGCACUCAUCUUUGAUAACGGAAACCCUCAAUGGACCGAAGUCUGCCCACCUUACCAAGCUCCUGCCAAAGAGAAGCCCGCCGCUGCUGAGAAGGCACCAAAAGCUGAGGCUGCUCCCAAAGCACCCAAAGCGCCUAAAAAGAAGGAAGAAGAGGAAGAAGAGGAAGAAGAUCUUGUGCCCGCCGAACCCAAGGCCAAAAACCCUCUGGAUGACUUGCCCAAGUCUGCGUUCAAUCUCGAAGAGUGGAAGAGACAGUAUUCCAACUUGGACACCCGCAAAGAAGCUCUUCCUUGGUUCUACGAGAAAUUCGACAAGGAGGGUUUCUCCAUCUGGCGUGUCGACUUCAAGUACAACGAUGAACUCACUCAAACGUUCAUGUCUAACAAUCUGAUCGGAGGGUUCUUUAACCGUCUUGAAGCUUCACGGAAAUACCUCUUUGGAUCAAUGGGUGUGUUAGGCAAGACCAACGAUUCCAUCGUCACCGGCACCGUCAUCUGUCGUGGACCCGACUACAAACCGGUCAUGGAUGUCGCACCGGACUGGGAGUCUUACGAGUACAAGAAGAUUGACUUGGAGAACCCAGAGGACAAGGCGUUCUUCGAAGCUGCCUUGGCGUGGGAUUUGGAGAUCGACGGCAAAGCCUGGGUGGAUGGUAAGAACUUCAAAUAGAUGAGGGUGGGUGAUGAAGGUGUGUUGAUGAAGCUCGGUCAAUUGGAUGUAUCCUAACAGCCAGCGGAUUGCGGAUGGUUAUCAUCAUGAUCAUACAGUCUCAUCACCCGGAUCUGAUCAUCCAUCUCUAUUGUUUUCUUCUU